AUCAAUUGAAUGCUCGCCUUCAACCAGUUCAUAAUGGGUUCCGCUCUGCGAAUAGCGUUUUCACUUCUAGCAAUCGUGCUAGUGCUUGGCCAAACACAACAACGCGAGAUAAGCGAUAGGAAUUUCCAGGGAAUCUCCGAUUUGUCUGACAACAAGUUUGUGCAGCAGUCUAACGUUUUCGCAACCCAGCUGUACAAGCAAGUGAGUGCACAAGCGAGUGACGGAAAUGUGGUGUUUUCUCCGCAUUCGAUCAGUGCCUGCCUAUCACUGGCCGCCAUGGGAGCUGGUGGACUAACAGCUGAUGAAAUGUUCGGUGGAUUACGCUACGGAAAAUCCGAUCAGAAGCAGCAGGUUGCCGACUGGUACGGACGGCUCAUGAAUCGUUUGGCUAAUGAUACAUCUAUCGUCUUGGCCAACAAGCUUUACGUUAAAGAAGAAUUCAAUGUGAAACGUUCCUUCAAAGAGGUGGCCACCACCAGAUUCCAGUCAGAUGUUCAAAAGAUCAAUUUCGCGCAGAAUGAGAUCGCCACGAAAACGAUCAACGAUUGGGUGGAAAGGAAAACAAACAACAAAAUCAAGGAUCUCAUCUCAGCCAACUCUCUAAACGAUCUUACCCGAAUGGUGCUGGCCAAUGCAGUAUAUUUUAAGGGUAACUGGAAGUACCAGUUCGAAACGACUGACACCCGCCCGAUGCGAUUCUGGUCCAGUGAUACCCAGUCGCGAGACGUUCCGAUGAUGUACAUCCAGGAGUAUUUCGCAUAUAAAAAUUUCACCAUGAAGGGAUUCUCGGCUCUUGAGCUAUCCUACAGUGGUGAACGGAUGUCGAUGCUGGUGCUGUUACCCAACAAACGCGAUGGACUAGCAGCAUUGGAGAAGAGAAUUUCAGCUCUUUUCGGGAACCUAGUCGAGCUUCGUAAGCAAAUGAAAAAGAAAGAGGUGAAAGUAUAUCUCCCCAAAUUCAAAAUCGAUUUCACUCUCGAUCUUAAUGACGCUCUAACAAAACUUGGCAUGGGACGAAUGUUCAGUGACGAAGCUGAGUUUCCUGAUUUGCUGGAGUCUGAUGAAGCGCUCAAGGUUUCUAAGGCCGUGCAUAAAGCAUUCAUCGAAGUGAAUGAAGAAGGUACCGAGGCAGCAGCCGCUACAGGAAUUUAUAUGGUGCCUCUUUCGUAUCCUCCUCCGACACUGCCUCCAAUCAUGGAAUUCAAGGCAGAUCAUCCAUUUAUAUAUGCAUUGCUGUCACAAGAUAAGGGAGUCUAUUUCAUAGGAAAAGUGACCAAUCCAGCAUAAAGCAUCACAUCACCACUGUCUUCUCUAAAGGAUAAGAGUUCUCAACAUUCUGUUUCUACUGAGUCAUAAUAAGCCAAAUUAUAAGCUUUAUAACCAUCAAAGGCUUAAGGGAGUCAAACUCAUCAAUAACAAUUAAAGAG